AUGCCAACCUUCAUGGAUCCUCCACCAGAACCGCUCUGCGAGUUCAUAAUACCCUCCGUCUAUGAUGGGAUCCGAAUUGACUGCCGAUUAUACCAUCCUCUCCAUCUCUCAAGACCUGAUAGCGCCUUAUCUUGGAAAAAGAAAGGCGCUGUUGUAGCACACCCAUACGCACCGAUUGGGGGCAACUAUAAUAACCACAUUGUCUGCUGGGUGGCAAGGGAGCUUUUGAAGGUGGGAUACAUUGUGAUGACGUUCAAUUUCAGAGGUGCUGCAGAAUCUGAAGGCAGAACCAGCUGGACAGCCAAACCAGAAUUGGGAGAUUAUGUCUCCAUCUACGGAUUUCUAAUAUGCUAUCUUCUUGGAAUUGAUCCGGAUUUUCUACGGGAUCCCCGGGCUGAAUGGGAAACACGAUCUUCUUCAUCUGGAACACCAGAAUCGAUGAAAGAAUCUGAGCGAAUGCAACUUAUUUUGGCAGGCUACUCCUAUGGGUCCAUGAUCGUGUGUCAUCUACCGUCGAUAGAGACUGUUUUAAGCCUAUUCGCAUCAGCCGCAGAGGGGACUGCCGGGGCUGAAAUUCUGCAGCAGGCUGAGCAGCUAUCGACUCUUUGGAAUACUGGGGCGAGGUCGGAACUAUCGUCUCAACCAUCGACUUCGUGGAGCAGCAGUGAUCCUAGCUAUAGCAAGCCACCCCAACUCGUUUCCUUGGGCAGUAGCACAAAUUCCAGCGGGAAGAAGCCCCAAGAAGAUCCGGCUGCGGCCAUUAAACAGCACAUCGAGCGGUCUCGACGGAGAUUGAGGGCCAGCUUUGUACGCGGACAAGAGGUGGAAAACCGAUCGAGCGCCAGUGACCCCCACGAGAUUUUACAAAACAUGCCUACGCCUGUUGUUUCGUUUCUCCUGAUCUCCCCCAUCCUCCCACCCAUCACAAAUUUCAUCACGAUGUCGUUGUUCGGCUCUCGUAUCAAUCUCGACGUCACUCUCAAUGGAAUAAGGGUCAAAUCGACCCAGCCCGAGGAACAGCUUACAACUCACAGGACACUGGCGGUGUAUGGCAACAAUGACUUUUUUGCCUCUGCGAAGAGGCUGCGCAAGUGGUUUGCGGAUCUUACGAAUGUGCCUGGUUCAAUGUUUGAGUCUUUGGAGAUUGAUACCGGUGGGCAUUUCUGGCUCGAAAGUGGGACAGAAACCCAAAUGAGAACUGCUGUGAGAGAAUGGGCAUGUAAGAGUUGA